AUGAGUGACAGCCAUGCUCUGAAGCGCCCAGGAAGGGUGGCUUUCGAUGCCGGUGUGAUAAAGACGUUUUGGGAGGAAAAAAUCAAGCUGCACACAAGACAACUUCAGAGCGAGGCCAUGAGGACCCGCAGGAGUGCCCUGGACAGGCUCCGCGGCGAGUGGGCUCGGAUGCUGGAGGGGAGGAACAAGGCGCUGCAGGGCCCCCCCGGAGGUGGCCACCCAGCCUUCCCUGCUGGGCACUGAGCCCUUUCCCACGCAGGACACCGCUGCCACCUGAGCCUGCAGACUUGCCCUGCCCGGGGUCCAAAGGCACCCGAGGCUCAGUGCAGAGGUUCGGGGCAGAACAACCACCAGGACCAGAGCCGCUGAGAAGCUCACGGGCUCUCCUGGCAGCUUUUGCUUUUCUAGCACACAGCACAU